GAGAUCGAACCCGAAAUGUCGCGAAUACUCAAGCGAACUCCUCGAAUUACUGAAGCAAAGAGACGGCGGGACGGGCGAGCCGUAUUUUUAUGUUCAUUAAAACCGGAGAUGCUAAGGUGGAAGGGAGAUCACUCGCAUGGGAAGAUGGCGGUGCUUUUGGAAACGUCUUUGGGCGAUAUUGUGAUUGAUUUGUACAUGAAAGAAAGACCCAACAGUUGUCUGAAUUUUUUGAAAUUAUGCAAAGUAAAAUAUUACAACUUUUGUCUCUUCCAUUCAGUUCAGAGGAAUCUUGUUGCACAAACUGGGGAUCCUACAGGAAGUGGACGUGGUGGAGAGUCUAUAUUCCGGAAAUUGUAUGGAGACCAGGCCCAGUAUUUUGAAAUGGAACUUGUCCCAAAAAUUAAACACAAGAAGAAAGGAACAGUAUCAAUGGUGAACAAUGGCAAUGAUAUGCAUGGUUCCCAGUUCUUUAUCACCCUGGAAGAAAAUCUGGAUUACUUAGAUGGCACUCACACAGUCUUUGGAGAAGUUGCCGAAGGUUUUGACAUUGUUGACAAGAUAAAUGAAGCUUAUUGUGAUAAAGAUCACCGACCUUUUCGCGAUAUCAGGAUUUACCAUACAGUUAUUAUAUAUGAUCCCUAUGAUGACCCACCACACUUGGACAUUCCUGCGAUGUCACCUGUGCCUACAAAAGAGCAACUUGAAAGUGACCGUAUUGGUGACACUGAAGAACUUGAUGACACUAAAGGUAUGACUGAAGAAGAAAUGAGAGAGCUUAUGGAACAAAAAGAAGCCAAAUCCAAUGCCCAGAUUCUAGAAAUGGUCGGAGAUCUUCCCGACGUCGAUGUUGCACCUCCAGAAAACGUUUUGUUUGUCUGCAAGUUGAACCCAGUUACUACGGAGGAGGACCUGGAAAUUAUCUUCUCUCGCUUUGGUAAUAUUCGCAGCUGCGAAGUGAUCAAAGACUCGAAAACUAAAGAAUCCCUGCAGUAUGCAUUUAUUGAAUUUGAAAAGCCGGAGGAAUGUGAAAAUGCUUAUUUCAAAAUGGACAACGUCUUGAUUGACGACCGUCGAAUACAUGUUGACUUCAGUCAGUCUGUUGCCAAACUCAAGUGGAAGGGCAAAGGGAAAGGUGUGGAAAUGUUGCCCAGCAAACCAGACCCACCACAACCCCAAUAUGUCUUGAAAAACAAUUCCAGAAAAGAAGAAAAAAAAUAUGAACUUGUCCUGGAGGAUGAUGACCUUGAUGCAGAACUUGAAGCAGCACAGGUGAAAAAGGACAAGAAGAAGAAGAAGAAGAAGAAAAAGCACAAGAAGAAACACAAAAAACAGAAGAAGCAGGAUGAGAGCGACAGCGAUCAGUCGGCAUCCAGUGAGAAAGCGUGGAAGAAAGCUUCCAAAUCAAAACAUGAGGAUAAAUCCAGUGCAUCUGUUAUCCAUCUUGAGAAACGAAGGAAAUUGUCAUCAGCGUCUCCUGAACCCAUCAAAGGAAAAUCUCACGCCAGCAGUGAGGAAAAUUCUAGAGAAAUUAGUCGUAGCCGUUCUCCAAUUUCUCGUUCACAGAAUCGUGCCAAUCGCAGUGAUCGUAGAAGCUGUUCGCCUGAUUCGAAGAGGCGCUCACCUGAUCUGAAACGGGCCAGAGAUUCUGACAGAGUUUCUAAAGACCGUUCUCGAGAAAAGGAUCGCAAAAGUAGCAAAUCUGAUGUGAGACAUUCAAAAAAAUAAUUCCACUUUCUAAAAAAAUAUUUUUUACAUUAAUUUUUAAAAAUUCAUUUCAAAUGAAACAUCAAAUCAUGAAGUAAAAGUUACAUCAUUUUU